UUUAGAAGCUUCAAGCCAGGGAGUGAAAUCCGGACAGGUUGUUAUAGCUACGCAAUCCACAGGGGUUCCGAUGUCUAUUUAAAAUCCCUCAGACCCUCCCUCUCUCCUUUAAACAACAUUAUAUAUCACACACACACUGCAUGCUAAUGCGACCAAUACUCAAUGAGCACUAAAACACAUCUUAAAAUUAGCUCAUUCUGGUGUUUGAGUUCAAACUGCCUGACUAGUCAACAGAGGGAACAUAUCAUCAGAAUUCCCCCUUUGGCAAUACCUGCUGAUUGGGUCCUAAAAAAAAGCAAGCAGCUUUUAACUUUUAAUAUUUGGCUCCCGAGUUCAGCCACGAGUAGUCGCGAACGGUAGAUUUUCCUUCCGUUUUUCUUGGCAGGACAGAAAUUAAAGAUCUAUCAGUGCAGAUUCGUUUUGUUUUGUUUUCCCUUUGCUGCUGUUAAAUAUCUGUGUGCGCGGAGGAGCGCGCAUGUAGGCAUUCUGCUGGAGACGUUUUGCGAAACUUUAAGGAUGAUAUACCUUGGAUGUUUCCUGUUGCUCUGUGGGCUUACGCAUGUCAUGGCAGGUUAUCCCAUCUGGUGGUCACUGGCAGUGGGACACCAGUACUCAUCAAUGGGCACUCAACCUAUCCUUUGUGGCAGCAUACCGGGUCUGGUACCCAAGCAGCUGCGUUUCUGCCGCAACUAUGUGGAGAUCAUGCCGAGCGUGGCCGAGGGGGUGAAGAUUGGCAUACAGGAGUGCCAGCACCAGUUCAGAGGUCGGCGCUGGAACUGCACCACAGUCAAUGACAAUCUGGCCAUUUUUGGGCCGGUGUUGGACAAAGCCACUCGGGAGUCAGCGUUCGUCCACGCCAUUGCCUCCGCGGGAGUGGCGUUUGCGGUGACCCGCGCCUGCGCAGAGGGCUCAGCCACCAUUUGCGGAUGCGACACGCGCCACAAGGGCCCCCCCGGCGAGGGGUGGAAGUGGGGCGGCUGCAGCGAGGACGUGGACUUUGGGAGCAUGGUGUCCAGAGAGUUCGCCGACGCGAGGGAGAAUCGCCCCGACGCGCGAUCUGCAAUGAACCGCCACAAUAACGAGGCGGGAAGAAUGUCGCUCAACGACAACACGUUCCUGAAGUGUAAGUGCCACGGGCUUUCAGGCAGCUGUGAGGUCAAGACGUGCUGGUGGUCUCAACCCGACUUCCGAGUUAUUGGUGACUACAUGAAGGAUAAGUAUGACAGCGCUUCUGAGAUGGUGGUGGAGAAACACAAGGAGUCCCGUGGAUGGGUGGAGACCUUGAGGCCCAAGUACAACUACUUCAAGCCCCCUACAGAGCGCGACCUGGUUUAUUACGAAGGCUCGCCCAACUUCUGCGACCCCAACCCGGAAACCGGCUCCUUCGGCACCCGCGACCGCGUCUGCAACCUGACGUCCCAUGGCAUAGACGGCUGUGACCUCCUGUGCUGCGGCCGAGGUCACAACACCCGGACUGAGAAAAGGAAGGAGAAGUGUCACUGCAUCUUCCACUGGUGCUGCUACGUCAGCUGUCAGGAGUGCGUGCGGGUCUACGACGUGCACACCUGCAAGUAGGACAGAAACGCCGAGGUUCUCACCUUUUCCUCGCCGAAACCCGAAAGACUUCAGUCGGCGGACGAACCAGCAGAGGUUCUUACCUACGAGACACGAGAGACUGCGAAGCCGCCCGGCCCGUCUGCAGACGCAGCCGCCUCGCGUUUUGUGCCGCGAUGCCGUGAAGAGCCAGUCUCCGCCUACAUCGCGGUCGAGUAGACGUCAGCAUCUGAAAGCGUCGCCCGUUUGAACUGUCACGGCAAUAAAGUUGAUGUCUCUUGCUGCGAUGAUGAAAAAGUUUCUUCAAGUGCUGAUAGAACUGGUGGCUAUUCGACAAACACCAUAUUGGUGAUUUUUUUUUUCUGUGUUGUGAAUAAUUACUUUUGUUGAAAAUAGCACAGCACUGCCGAUGCUUCAUAGUCGAUGAAAAUGACAUUUCAGUGAGAAUGAACACUGAAUAAUCAUCAGUCGUUUGGCCACGAAAAGCAACAUCACCGAGCAUUUUACAUGAUCAGACGCUCAACAGCACGCAGUCUGCUCCUCAAUAUUACUAGUACAUAUGCGCAUAUCUGAAAAACUAACACGGCCGUUGUGUGAGUGAGUAUCUGUUUCAUAGUGUUAUGUGUUACUGAUGUUUAGGUAAGAAUGCACUUGCACCUGAGUGAAUGUAGUUAUUUGCUGUUUACAUAUUCUCAAAUCCUUAAGCUAACGAGUUAACAUCCGCUUUACCUGCUGACUAAUUUUAUCCGAGAUCACACACGAGCCACGUCUGCCGGACAUCGGGCGGAACGAAAAUGUACAUGGUCUGCGCAUUUCCCGAAACACCUGAAGCUUUUUUUUUUUUUUUUUUUCGUAAAGAGUAACAACACUUUGAGCAACAUCAAGAGUUAUGACCAAAGACAAGAUAAGAAAGAAAAGCCCUGUUAGCCUGUGAUGGAGCUGUAACUGAGUCUGAAAGGUCAGCACUUGUGUCCCGUAGAGAAAUAUGAAGCAUGUUCUCCUUGUUUUUUUUGUUUUUUUUAACAGUAUUAGCUAUCCAUCGUGUGACUUGGUGAGGGGUGAAACUGUUAUUUAUAAAAAGGGACAUCCCUGCUGUGUUCUUGCUUUCCUUGAUACGUAUACAAUAUUCUUUUACUUUGAUCUAACGGAAGUGUGUUCCUCGGUAAAAUGCAACGCUAAUGGCGAAACAAGCAAAGCUGUAUCAUAUAAGCUCUGUACAAUGCAGGAGAAUUUGCAGUUGCUGUAAAAGAAAAAAAAAAAAAAAGAAAGAAAAAAGAUGACCAAAACUUGUGUAUGUGAUGAUUUCCAGCUGUGGCUUUUUGUUCCCCAGACUAAAACAAUGAGCAGCAUCACUGAAACUAUCAAUACUUCCCUUAUUUUAAUGCUGCUAAGAUAAUUUGUGUGUAUGCGUGUCUGUGUGUGUGUGUUUGUGUAUCCCUACAUACACUUUGUCUAUCUGUGUUAUAUUCUUUGCAUGAAUUGAUUCUUUCUGUGAAAGAAAGCUAUUAUAUGUGUAGUUUGGUAAAAUAAAAAUGUGAAGUUUCGACUAAUUCUUGCA